AUGGACGCCACGACGAUGCCUCCGGCCUUCCACGACGUGGACGCGCUCCUCAAGACGCCGCUCGAGUACGACUCGGACACGGACGCCUCGUCGACGGACGGUGACGCGCCGAGCCUGCCGCCCGCGGAUGCCGCGCGCCUUCAGGCGCUGUACGCGACGGUCUCGGAGCGGUCCGAGCACCUCGUGGGCUUCCCGUCGUGCAAGGACUGGGACUACAGCGCGCUCUUCCCGUUCCUCUCGUUCCCCAUGAACAACGUCGGCGACCC